UGUUGUAGCGAGAAAGGCUGGAGCUUACACAGAGCGAUUUGCUUUUGAAGGAAUUACCUAUACUGUGGAUUAAUGAUCGACUCGGAUCAGCUCUUUUAUUGCACCCAGGAUGUAUGUGCGACGACAAAAGGAACACGCCUGGAUUCAUAUUGUUACGCUGCUUUGUCUUUGCGACUGGUCUGUCUCUCAGUUAUCUUACUCCAUCUCCGAGGAGGUGAACAAAGGCACCGUGGUGGGGAAUAUCGCAAAGGACUUAAACCUCAAUGUCCAAGAUCUAGAGAAUAGAGACCUCCAAAUUGUAUCGGGUUACAGUAAGAAAUAUUUUGAUGUGAAUUUGCGGACCGGGAAUCUCUUUGUUGACGACAGAAUAGACAGAGAGGAGUUUUGUCCUAACACGGUAAAAUGCUCCAUGAAAUUACAGGCUGUAUUAAACAAUCCAAUGACUGCACACCGUAUUGAAAUAAAUGUUGUCGAUGUAAAUGAUAACUCGCCUGUUUUCACUGAACAGUCGCAUUCAUUUGAUGUCUCUGAAUCCGUGUCACCGGGAGAGCGAUAUUUUCUGCCAAUAGCGGAAGAUGCAGACAUAGGCAGCAACUCGGUAAAGAGCUACAAGCUGAGCCAGAAUGAAUAUUUCACUCUUGAUGUGCAGAGCGGUGGAGAACACGGUGUGUCUGCUGAGCUCGUGCUGCAGAAAGCUUUAGACAGAGAGAAACAGCCAGUAAUCAAACUCCUCCUUACCGCUGUGGAUGGAGGAAAACCUCCGAGAUCGGGUACAUUGCAGUUAACUGUGAAUGUUAUAGAUGUUAAUGACAAUACACCGAUGUUUAGUAAAUCUCUUUACAAGGCGCGUGUCAAUGAAAAUGCCACUCCUGGAACACUUGUAAUGAAGUUAAAUGCAACCGAUUUAGACGAGGGCAUGAACAGUAAGAUCCUGUAUUCUUUUAUCAAAAGAGGAAAUGCGAAUCCUUCAAAUAUUUUCGACCUUAAUUCAGAAACAGGUGAAAUCACUGUGAAGGGAACAUUAGAUUAUGAAGAGACGCCUGCUUAUGAGGUCAGAGUUCAGGCAAAGGAUCAAGGUACCACCCCUCGUAGUGCACAUGCUAAACUGCUGAUAGAGAUAAUUGAUGUGAAUGACAAUGCCCCAGAAAUAUCUGUGACGUCACUCAUGACCCCAGUUAAAGAAGACGCAGAACUGGGGACAAUAGUUGCUUUGGUUACAGUCAGUGAUAAAGAUGGAGGGAACAAUGGUGUAACUAACUGUAAGGUAGUGGGGUCUGUUCCCUUUAAACUCAAGUCCAACUACAAAAAUGACUAUUCAUUAGUCGUAGAUGGACCACUGGACAGAGAAAACACUUCUCUGUACAAUGUCACUAUUACAGCCACAGAUGAGGGAAGACAGACGGCACUUUCAGCAGGUACAGCGCCCCAAUGA